UCAGGGGAAAUUGACGGCUGCGUACCAUCUGCUCCUCGCUUGCACGGGCACAGGCCACAGGGGAGGAAAUUCACGGCCUGCUGCUGCGACGCAUCGCCGCCGAGCAGGACGCUGGGGUGACCGUACCCGUACCCCUCCUCCUGCCGGAUCCCCACCUCCGCGUCUCUCCGUCUAGUUUGGGGGCGGAGAUCCGAGUCCAGGCGAGGUCUGCUCUGGCCAUCUCCGGUGAUCCUCCUUCCUCGCCCAUCGCCUUUGCCCGUCAGUUCCCUUCGCUGGGCACUCAGAGAUCGGCGCCCUCCUCCCGUCUUCCCACGCUUGCGGGGACUAACUCGAGUAGUGUCGCUCAAUGAAUUUCCUCUACCGAACUACGCAGCCUGCAGCACCUGAGCUACCAAGAAUUUCAGAGCAAGAUCAUCACAGGGAUGCCUUACAAAAGCCAACUACGACACUGGAGGGUCUCAUCGCGGAUGAUUCAUACCAGCCGUCCUCCGCUCGCAGCGAAGAUGGAGUUGCUAAUAAUGGGUCUAGGGAUACCAGUGGGGAUCCUUCAUCUCUAGAUUCAAAAAGCCUGGUCCCACUGGGGACACAUUCUGAUGUCACAGAGGAUGAAGGAUGGAUCACAAUUCCAUGCAAGGCACUUCCUGAAAGUUGGAAUGACAUAUCAGAAAUGGUUCAGUUGCAGACUCUGGACCGUUCCUUCCUUUUUCCUGGCGAGCAGGUUCAUAUACUGGCGUGCCUGUCAGCUUCUAAGCAAGAUGUACAGGUUAUAUCCCCCUUUAGAAUUGCUGCAGUGAUGUCUAAGAAUGGAAAUUCUUUGCAAAACUCUACAAAUAAAUCUAGCCCUGUCAGUGCAAAUGGUCAUGAUAAUGGAGCAGCUGGAGAAAGUGGCUAUCAGGAUGUUGAACUCAAUGGUGAAGCUUCUCCUACAGAACAUGAUAUUUUGGAGACUCAAUCUCUCCUUCAGAUGGAGGAUCGUAAGCAGCAGAUCGAACAUGUGUUGCGAAGAUUUAGAGGAUCCAAUUUUUUUGUCCGGAUUGCAGAGUCAGAUGAACCUCUCUGGUCCAAGAAAAGAGUAACUUCAACUACGAUGGCAGACGAACGAUCAGAUAACCAGGGAAAUAGUAAGAGCUCAAGGAGUAAUGUUUACAAUAUCAUUUCUGAUAAAGGGAUUUUUGAUGGUAGCACAUCUGGGGGAGUUGCUCGAGAUGUUGUCAAGUGUUAUUCUCUGCAGAAUGGAGACAUAGUGGUUGUUUUGCAAGUGAAUGUUGGCGUUAACAAAUUGGAAGAUCCUGUGCUUGAAGUCCUACAGUUUGAGAAAAGUAUAUCUGACAAUUGUAUGCCUGAGAAUCUUGUGGAUGGGCAUUCUGACAGUAAUGACGAUCCAUGUCAGGAGCUGCUUAGUUGGUUGCUCCCUUUAGAUCGCACAUUACCGCCUCGUUCUUUGGCACCCCCUACUCUCAAUCCAAGUGUAUCACACAAGCAAUCUUAUUCUGCUUCUGGUUCUCAAAUAUUCAACUUCAGAAGUUACUCCAUGCCUUCAGCCUCUUCUGUUCAGACACCAAAUAAUAUAAGACCACCACCAAUAUCUGAAAGUCAAGAAUUUAUGCCUGAAAAACCUGCAAAAACCCCAGAUAUUAUAAAUGAUGGGCAACUUUCGUUUAGAGGAGUUCCUUUAGAACCUGAACGGUAUUCUGUACGUUGUGGUUUAGAAGGCGUGUAUCUACCAGGGAAAAGAUGGCGGAGAAAAGUUGAAAUCAUUCAGCCAAUUGAGGUUCAUUCUUUUGCUGCAAAAUGUACUGUGGAAAAUCUUCUCUGUGUCACAGUAAAGAAUAUUGCUCCUAUUCAUGUGAAAGAUAUAAUCGUAUUCAUUGAUGCAAUUACUAUUGUAUUUGAGGAGGCAUCCAAAGGAGGUGCUCCUUUGUCUUUACCAAUUGCUAGUAUUGAGGUUGGGCAUGGUCACAGCUUACCAAAUCUAGCACUCAGGAGGGGCGAGGAGCACUCUUUUAUUCUCAAGCCAGCAACUAUGUCCUCAAGGGAACGGAAGACCAACGGCUAUGCACCUCCGACCUUGUCACUCCCAACGAUGACUGGUGCUACUUUAAAUACUAAUACACCAAAGGUUGGUGAGCCAUAUGCUGAUCUAAGCGACCAAUAUGCUGUACUGGUAUCUUAUCGCUGCAAUUACACAGAAUCGAAACUUUUUUUCAAACAAGCAACAAGCUGGCGGCCCUCUGCAACCAGCGAUCUUAUGAUCUCUGUAUCAUCUGAACUGUCUUUACGAAAUCCUAGCCUUGGCGCUCGAGUUCCUCAACUCCCCGUGCAGAUACUAACACUUGAAGCUACUAAUAUGACAUCCGAAAACCUUACAUUAAAUGUCCUUGCUCCUGAAGCAUCUGGUUCUUCUUCAGUUGUAUCCUUAAACUCAGCUCCAACCACCCCAAAUGGUUCUUUUGAUGGUGUUAAUGAGUCAGCAAAAAGAUCUGGGCUGGGAAAACAUGGAAUUGGCUUUCGAAGAUUGAAUUCUGUCCUAGCUACAUCUCCAAAAGAAGGUGAUAAUGGAGGAAAUAGAAUGAGUAAUGCUUCAGGCUGUACUCAUCUGUGGUUGCAAAGUGCAGUGCCCCUAGGGUGUGUUCCUGCCCGUUCAAGCACCACUGUCAAACUUGAGCUGCUUCCAUUAACAGAUGGAAUCAUCACACUUGAUACUUUGCAAAUAACAGCUAGGGAGAAAGGCCUUGCUUACAUACCGGAGCACUCCUUGGAGAUACAUGCCACCUCUGGCAUGUCAUCAGGAAGGUCAUAGGAUAGGAGAACAUCAAGAGGUAUACUCUUCUGUAUAUUGGGGGUCUGGGACUCGUUCCUGCCCAAGGGAGACAACCAGGCCAAUUGUGUUUUGCUCAUUUGUAUUGGAUGGACAUAGGCGCUCACCUUGGAGCGAAACUACCCCAGAUAUAACCGAAGGAUGGUUGCUGCCUACAUGGAGAAACGAGCAAACGAGCACAGUAGCCUUCCAUGUAUCAUAAUUGUGUUACAAAUCCAUUCAUUUCAUAGUGAGGCCGCCGAGAUACUGGUGUCUGUCUUCACAUUAUUGUUGUUGUGGUGUUCAUUUUGUCAUGUUGCUGAGUUGUACCAUAUGCGGGCUCUGACUCUGAUCAUAAUAUACUGGAGAAUUAGAAACAUGUGUAUCCAUUGCUCAUCUAAAUAAUAUUAUUAUUAGUUGCUCAUGAUUUUUAA